UCCGGAAGUACAGUUAAUUUUUAUUCACAGGAAAAAAACAGCUGUUGUUGAGAAACAUAAAAAAGAGAAGGGCAAACACAAGAUGCUAGGGACAGUUUGUCCAUCCCAGCCAGGAAUGCCGGCCCCUAAAAGAGGACUGGAUCCUCAUGAUUCUGAGCCUAAGGUGACGAAGUUGGAUGCAGACGGGCAGGAUCUGCCAUCCAAAACUACAGCAGCUAAAUCGCUUAUAACAGGAAAUAUGCAAGAAACGACAGCAGCCCCACGGACUAAGCAACAACUGCCUGGUUCAGCGGAAGAUGGGAAUAAACCAGCAAAGUCUUCUAAAGAGAAUUCCCCUGAAAAGGACUCAGAUUCUGACCCACCUGUCAAAAAAGCCAAGCUCCUGAAUGCCACAAGUGCCUCCUGUGGAGAAGCUCCCUCACAAAAAGUUAACUCCAAAGCUUCGCUGAAACGAUCAGCAUCCACAGACUCUGAUGAUGAGCUGAGUAGUGAUGGGAGUAAGAUUGAUCUUUUUAGAGAGAGAGAUGAUGACGACAAGUCCCGGUGCAUCAGAAAGUACUCAAACCGUGCAAAACGCAAGGCUGAAGAGUCAUCAUCGGACCUGCAGGAGAAAAUCCAAGGCUUACCGCCUGCUUCCGGGGACCCUGUACAGAUGGACCACAACUAUGGUAGGUUUUCAGAUUCACCAAGUGUUCAAGAUAUAGCGUAUCCAAAUGAGACACAAGAGUCUGCUGAGUUUGUCGCUGAAAAGGAGAGAAAAGAAAGCUCAGAUAACAGGACACAAGCCGAGUCAAAAGAAAAUGUAACAAGGAGCACAAACGCUAGCAUCAGCUUUGAAUGUGCACCUGAAGAAGCUAAACAUGAGGCAUUUAAAGAUGUAGAAAGCCAAAAGCUCAUAGAUAAUGAAACACUAGCAUCGUCUAGUAAAACAUUAGACUAUGCAGCAGCUGCAGAUGUGUCUUUCAAGUCAUCUGAGGCUGAGAAAAAUGAAAAGAGGGACAUUGCAGAGUCAAUCGAAGGGCAAAAGGAUGUAGAAGAUGAAACACUAACAUUGUCAGUGAAAACACUAUGUUCUGGUACAAGAGAUCGAAGUUGUGAAAAUGAAGUACGACAAGAUGAUAAAACAGUUUUAGGUUGCAGACCAGAAAAUCAGGCACAUGUUGGCCACGAAAAUGAAACAAAGGAAACCGAAUCUACUGAGUGUGAAACAGAAAUUAAAGGAGUGCCUGAAGCUGCCAGUGUCUCAGAGGAGCACAAAGAUGUAGGUGUAAAAGACAAAGCAUCAAAAGAAACCGACCCCUCACCAGAGGAGAUCCUGAUGGGAGGCAGUAAUCUAGAGAGUGAAACAGACAUCAGCGUCAAAAUUCAGGUUACUUUUAAGGACGAACCAAAAUCUGUACUUAUGCAGGACCAAGUGCCAGACACCAUCACAAACUCAUGUGAUGUAAACAAAGUACUUAAAAAGUCAGAGGAAAACCUUGAAGUAGGUGAACGAAAGGGAGGAGAGUUCUCAUCCACCCAGCCUGCUGCCAGUGCUGCAUCUUUUGUUGAGAUUCAACCAAGCCAUGGUACAACUGACAGCAGUGCUGAAAUAUUAACACCUGAUUGUGAGGCAGCUUAUGAGCAACAACACGUGGUUUCGGAGUGCGUCACGGUCUCAGCAGGUCAAACAGACUUGGACACGCAGCCGAAAAUAACUUCAGAGGAGGGGUCUGACUCGGCACCAAGACACGAUAGACAAAACCACAGAGUAUUUGACCACACUAAAGAAACAAUGGUUGAAUUUAGAGAAGAUUCUACGGUUGAAGUGUCUAUACAUAUGGAAGAACAAAGGGAGACAAACGUUGUGUGCACCUCUGCAGCAAAUAGUCAAACGGAAAUUCCUGCUUCAGCCACAGGAGAGCCAGUACAAAUCCAGAAAAGUCCAGAUAAUUCUGAUCAACUGAAUAAUGGCAUUCUGGAUGAAAAUACUGAAAUGAGGGAAAUGCUGUCUACUUUAACGUCAGAGGCAUCUCAGCCAGUUGCCAGUGUGGAGAUGCAAAGAAGCAAAGAAAUUAUUGAUAUUCACAGCGAUAUGAUGGAAAAUUGUAAGGUGGUGGAAAUGGAGACUAAGCCAUCAGCAAUUUUUCAGCCAAACCCUGAUGUGGAAACUCAGAAAGAGCAAGACUUUGAAGAAUUGACUGCAGAAAUAUCAACGGAUAUUUGUGGAGAUGUGAUAGAAACUGAGAACGAGAACCCUGAAAGUGCUAGUGCACCGAAGUGUCCAAGCAAAAUAGAAACUCAAGCUAUAACCCCAUCAGUAGUUUUAAAUCCACCACCGGAAAUGGGAAUAAAACCUCAGGAGAGUCCUGAAGUUGGUGACGCCAGCAGUGACCCAUCUGGUGAAGUUCCCUCACAUCCAGCUGCAGAUUGUCGGAGCACGGAAGAUGAAAGUGGGUUUGACGCCGGCAGUGUUGCUUCUCAUCAGAAUCUAAAUGAAGAGGAUAUGCAAACUGCAACCACAUCAGAGAAGGCCGCUAACCCAGCACCUGCAGUGGCGAUACAGGGGAGUGUGGAAGUGUGUGAGCACAAUACAGAGAUCUCACAAGAGUUACACGAGGCCAAAGUUGAUGAUUUGAAAUUCGCCUCAAAUAAAAACCAGCUGAUCUUUGAACCCGUGGCUGCAUCAGAAAAUCAAAUUGAAAUGUCAACGUCAACAUCAGAGAGUUCUGACUCAGCCCCUUCAGUGGAGAUGCGAGCUUGUGAAGUAGGAGUGGAUGUAAAAACACCUGAGGAGACUUCCAACACGUCCCCUACAGUCGAAUUAGAAAACCACACAACUCAGGAAGGUAGGGAACAAGCCACGGAUGUGUCUGAUGAAGUUAAGGAAGACUGUAAAAGUGAUGAUUUGAAAUUAGUUAUUACUAGAAAUGAGGAGAAUUUUGAACCCAUGUCUACACCAGGGUGCGAAACGGAGAUGAAACCACAAACUACAUCAACAUCAGAGAUUUUCAACACAAACACAUCAGUAGACGAACAGAAAAAUAAAAUACAUGUGACCAUACAGACUUUAAAGUCAUCCGAGGAGAUUUCUAACACAUCCGACACUUCUGAUGAAUUUCACAAUGAUAACAAAGUCGAAGAAAAAGUUAUAGAUCAUAACAAGAUAACUUUACAGGCCGUUGCUACACCGGAGCGACAAAUUGAGAUGGAAAUGCAGAUUACACUAGCAUCAGGGAUUUCUGACGCGGCUCCUUCGGUAGAGAUUCAAAUGAGUCAAAUAGGAGAGGACAUGCAGACAGCAACAACCCCAGAGGAGGCUGCCAGGGCAUCACCUACAGUAGAAAUGCAACAACUGGGAAUUCCACAAGACAGCGGCCCGAUCAUGUCUGACCAACCUGAUGACGACAGUGAAACUAAACAGGAAAACGAGCUGAGCUUUGAAGCUGUAGCUGCAACAGGUAGUCACACUGAAAUGGAACUACAGACCUACAGCUCUACCCCAUUGGUGGAUGAGCAAGCAAGUGAAACAGAAAUGGACAUAAGAACUGCACAGAUAUCAGAGGAGGCUUCUGACACAUCGCCUACCGUUGAAAAAGAAGAGGAAUCCCAGGAAGACAAGGCUAAAGCGAGAGCAUGGGAAGACGCCCAUCAGGAGCUAAACACUGAAAGCUGUAAAAGUUUGGAAGAGGACAAGAAGGGCAACUGUUUUGUGACUGUAUCAGAGAAUCCAAUGCAAUUGGAAAAACAUGUUAUGUCAUGCAUAGAUGUUGCUAAUCCAGCAUCCUCAGCGAUGGUACUAAGUCAGGAGAACCCAAGGGAAGUGAAAAUGGAGACUGCAGCUACAUCACUGGAGAUUUCCAGCAGAGCACCCACAGUAGUAAUACAGGCCCCAGAGAGCCAGGGUGGCCAUGAAGACAAUAUGCGAGAGAGUGAGGGAAUGAAAAAUGAGCUUGUUGUUUCAGCCCCUGCAGUAGAAACACAAGACGCUGAGCCGACCGUAGACACAUCAGAAGAGGUUGAAGCCAGUCUACGGAUUCCUGCAAAGGAGAAUGAGAUUGUCUCACAAUUUGUCGGUGCUGUUGAGAGUCUAGUAGAGAGAGAAACACAGACGACAGCAACAACAACACCAGAGGAGAUUUCUAAUCCAUCAGCAGCUGGAACACAAAAUCCCAGAGGCCAGGAGGUCAGUGAACAUACCACAGACGCUGAACUUCAAAAGGAUGCAGUUGUUACUGGUACUGAAGAGAAAGAAAAUGAGGAGAUUGAUUCUCAGUACCUUGAACACACUGAGUCACAAAUAGAAAAAGAACUAGAAAAAACAGCAACACCAGAGAACAGUUGUGACCCAGGAUCUAUGAUGGAAAUACAAAACCAGGAGAACCAGGAGGUUCCUGAACGUAACAAAGGCACUGAACUUCAAAGAGCUGCAGUCUUGGCUUGUACUGAGAAUAAUGAAAACAUGGAAUCAGCUAUGACUCAAUCUGUCAGUGCUGCUGAGACUCAGAUGAACAUUGAUGCGGAAACAGCUGUAACGCAAGAGGAGAUUUGUGAUCCGGACUCUGUAAUGGAAAUACAAAUUCAGAAAGGCCAGGAGAAAGGUGAACUCAACAUGGCCGCCGAUGUUCAGAGAGCUCAGGCCACUACGAGUUGUUGGGAUGCGGAGGAAAACGAAGACACAGCCACUGCCCCAGCUGUAAAUCAAACAACUGAAGAAACAGCAACAGCCAAACAGCUGAAUCACAAGAUGGAAGAUGUUUGUGAACAACACAGUGCUGACUCAAAUGUAAUUCAUGAAACAACUCCGAUGACUAGUCUGGAAAACAACAAAUGUGUGGCCGAGACAGGCUCCGAAGAAGUAGAGGAUAUGGAUCUAAUAAGGGGAUCAAUAGAAACAGUAGAUUCUGAUUGGGAUGCGGAAACAAGAAGGCAAAUGACUAAUGAGGCCAAAAAAGAGGCUGCAGCCAUUUGUAGUGAUAAGGUUGAUGAAAGCGUUACUAAUAGUGAAAUAAGUGGAGGCAAAGAAGUCCCUGUUUUUGUUUGUGAACAACCAAGUGACACGGAUGUUGUUCAGGCACCGGAGGAGCAGAUGGAGACGGUGUCUGAGCCUAAGGACGUCCAGAUAGUGUAUGAGCCCAUUAGUAGUCCAGAGAGUCCUGAUAAUAGGGAUGCCUUUGAAAUGUCUGAGAAGCACGACGGUGUUUCUGUAUUGGACAUACAGAGCGCAGAUACCCACGAAAUGAAAGAAGCUUCCUGCGAAGAAAGCACGGAAACUAGCGCCCGUGACAGCGAGGGGCAUGUGAAGGAGGGCCUUCAAGAACCGCGUGAAAUGGAAGUUCAGGCCAUCAGCGUGGCAGACGCUUCUCUCCCUCCUGCGUCGGAGCAGAAUGACGACGCUGCGGAUGGGAGACAAACGGCACCCGCCGUCGCCAGCGAUGACUGCAGCGUGCCAGAUGGCCGGGGACAAGCAGCAACCCAAGACAGUGGAAGGAGUGGCCUCCCAGGAUGCACCGGGGCCGCCGAGCCUUCUGAGGCGGCGCAGGAGGACGCAGGAGGCGUCACGAUGCCGGCAGCCUCGGCGUCCAAGGAGCACGUGGCUCCGGCACCGGCGGCUCCGACACCGGCGGCUCCGGAACCGGCGGCUCUGGAACCGGCGGCUCUGGAACCGGCGGCUCUGGAACCGGCGGCUCUGGAACCGGCGGCUCUGGAACCGGCGGCUCUGGAACCGGUGGCUCCGGGUGAAAUUCAGUUUGAUAUUGUCACCCAAGCGGCUACUGAGUCUGGGCUGUCGUGCUCGCUUUUAGGGGAAGCGAAUUCAGAAAGUGCUUUAGAAGGUGAGGUGGAAAAUCAAAAGCUCUUAAAUGGUUUCCAACAACCUGAACAGACUGUUCUCGCUGAGUCAGAAGAGGAGGUCAGAGAAGCAACAGAGAAAAGUGGAGAUGAGGGCAGUGGGAGCCAAGUCACGACAGACACAUCAACAGGGGAGGACGCUCAGCAGCCGUCGUCUGACGUGGCGGAUGUGGCGGCCUCUCAUGCCCAGGUCGCAGAGGAGAACCCUGUUGCCGUGGCGAUGGAGACGGAAACCAGCCUGGACGUCCAGGAGGUGCAGAUUAUGGAGGACAUGCAGAUCGGUCGGGAGGUUGUCGUAGCAGAGGAGGCCGAAAAACCCAAGAAGCAAGAAAUGAACACGCAGGCCAGGACCAAAGCUCGUCUGGCGGCUCUGGCCGAGCAAAAGGCGGCGGAGUCGAAGAGGACGGCCAACAGACAGCAGCUGAACCUCUUAGCGCUGUGUCAGGAGAUCGCGGAGGACAUCGCCACGGACAGCAUGUUGCUGAAGAGGAUCGAGGAGGAGAAGCAGGCGGCGGCAGCUGCAGCAGCUGCAGCCGCAGCGGCAACAGCGGCCGCCGCCGAGGGUGAAGCCAGCAAGAAGGAGGAUCCACCUGAUACCAAGCAGGAGGCCGAGGAUGCCAAGCUGGACCCCCCCGCCGGGCCAGAGCAGCGGCCCGCUUCAGUGACGCCCACAGAGGCGCCAUCCACCGCCCCGGACCCCCAGCCCUCAACGGCAGCCUCAGCUGAGCCCAAAGCUGCUCCAGAGCCUCCGAAAAGACGCUUCUUCAUCUCUCAGGUGUCAGUGCCGCUGAAAACCCACGAGAAGAAGAAGCUGACUAGAUAUCAGAGACUGAGACAGGUUGAGCUGCAGAGGGAGAAGAUGUCCUGGGCUCGUGUCAAGAAGCUGAAGUCUGACCAAGUGAACCAGAUGUUCUCAGACAUGGACUGGCAGGCGCCGUUCUCCGCCGCCUCCUCAUUCUUAGCGGGCUCCACGGCGACGGCGCCUCCUCCGCCUGCAGCUUCUCCACCCAAAGCGUCUCCACCCAGUCCUGCCACCGAGAGGGCGCCUGCUACGCCUAAGGCCGAGGCUCCCACGGCUGAGACACCCACCGCUGAACCCGUCCAGGUGGAGCCCGUGAAAACCGAACCCGUUGCUCCGGAAAACGUAAAGUCAGAGCCCACGCAACCUGAACCUGAAGCGUCUAAACCGGAGUCUCCCGGUACUGAAACCCGCAGGGUAACGCGGCAGAGCAAGGCUCAGGCUGAGAAAGCGGCCGCUGAGAAGGCAGCCGCUUCUAAGGCAACGACCCCUAAAGCAGCAACUGCUGCAGGUCCUGCCCCAAAAGUGACCAGAUCAGCAUCCAAGAGGAGUCUUCCAGCAAAUCCUCCUCCCAUGCCCAACGGGCUCAAUGCUCAGAAGCCCAAACCUGUUGAGUACAAGCCAUACAGACCCCGGCCCAAAUAUUCCUUCGAUGACUUUGAACUGGAUGACGACCCGUUGCCAGUGGCUCCAGCGAAGCCCAGUCCUCAGUCCCGGCCCGUGCAGCCAGCACAGCCCCUUCAGCCCCAGCCCUCCGCUCAGUCCAGACUCACCCACCCAUCCAAACCCACCGCCUCGUUACCACAGAAAGCCCAGUCCACACCUGCUGGACAGAUCUCAGGUCAGUCAAAGCCCACUGUUACAGCUGCAGCCCAGUUAAAACCCGCCUCUUCCACCAAUCCACAAUCAAAGCACGCCGCUGCAGCAGCGCCCCAGCCAAAGGCCGCCGCAGCAGCAGCGGCAUCGGCCAAACCUCUGUUAAAGCCGCCUAUCGCGACGCCGCAGUCGAAGGCUGCUUCAGCUCCAUGUCAGUCCAAACCUGCCGCUGCUGGUGCCGCUCAGCCAAAGCCAUCUGCUCCCACGACCUCCCAGCAGGCUGCACCGACCGCAGCUGACACCAAGUCUGGUGCUCCCAAGGCUGAAGAGGCUUCACUAGAAGAUGGGAAACGCAAGGAUACAGCUGAUCCACCUCCGUCAGCUCCCACCCCUUCGCUUCCCUCCAUAAGCAGCCUGACAGCACCUGACGACACGCAGCAACGUGAAGAAAAGCCUGCAGUGAGCGAUGCUGAGCCAUCACUGGAGAGCAAGACCGAUUUAUCCAAGAAAGACGAGAAGACACUGGAUGACGCUUGUCAGGACGGAGCAGCUAAACCACAAGACAGUGGAACUCCUCUCUCUGAUGCAUGUCUUCAAAGAGAAGUCAAGAAACUAAAGGAGGCUGACAAAGAUUCCACACAGACCAUUAUUGAUGCGGGACAAAAGCAUUUUGGCGCAGUGGCCUGCAGUGUGUGUGGGAUGCUCUACUCUGCUGCCAACCCUGAGGAUGAAUCUCAGCAUUUACUCUUCCACAAUCAGUUCGUCAGCGCCGUCAGAUACGUGGGAUGGAAGAAAGAGAGGAUCCUAUCUGAGUUUCAUGACGGCAAAAUCAUUCUGGUCCUGCCUGAUGAUCCUAAAUAUGCUCUGAAGAAGGUGGAGGAGAUCAGGGAGAUGGUGGACAAUGACCUAGGCUUCCAGCAGGUGGAGACCAAGUCCCCCUCCAAGACCAAAACCUUUCUCUUCAUCUCCAGCGACAAGAAAGUGACGGGAUGCCUAAUAGCAGAGCACAUCCAGGAGGGGUACAGGGUGAUCGAGGAGCCCCUGCCGGAAGGUUCCGAGCGUGAAAAGGUGAUGUUUGAGCGCCAGAGAGCCUGGUGCUGCUCCACCACACCAGAACCAGCCAUCUGUGGCAUCAGCCGCGUCUGGGUGGUCAACACCAUGAGACGCCAGGGCAUCGCCACCCGCAUGCUGGAGUGCCUCAGGAACAACUUCAUCUAUGGCUCGUACCUGAGCAAAGAUGAGAUCGCGUUCUCUGAUCCCACUCCUGAUGGGAAACUCUUUGCCACGCAUUAUUUCGGCACUUCUCAGUUUUUGGUUUAUAACUUUGUGAGUGGCAGUCGCACGUCCCAGCCCAAAACUGGUACAGUAUGACGGUCCAACUGGAUUUAACCAAGACGUCCCCGAACAAGUGGACCCACUGACACAGUCCUCACUACGUAACUAUACAAAAAACUGUAAAUUACUCCUAAGAGAGGAUAAACAUUGGUUUAAAUCUCAGGAUGAAAACAACAAGGUGUUGUUGAAAAAAUGAUUAAUUCACCCUUUAAUCCCUGCAUAGUAUUUUGAAAAAAGAAGAGUAUUUUCUUUAUACAUUUUUAAGUAAACACUUGGUUUUAUUAGAAGUAUAGAGUUUACAUGCAUGACCUGACAGCAAUAGAAAACAGCUUUUCUUUGUUUUUGAGUUCCCGAGUUGAUUCAGCUGCAUUCAAUAAACAUUUUAGGGUUCGUCUUAUGUUUCUGCUUCAGUGUUUUCACGCCUGAUCUGUGUCUAUGAAGGGUUUUCAUGGUCAUGUACGCGUGGAGGUCACAGCUGCACUGAGCUCGAUCGGGCGCUGGUCACGUUUUACUGUAACGUUUCGAGGCAAUCAUCUCAACCUGGUGAUUUUUUAGGGAACUCAUUUCAGAUAUGAGCUCUGGUUUUCUUCACUCAUGUCACCUGGACUGUUCAGUUUUCAGGCUGAGCCAUAUACUGUACACCAUUUAGCAGGGCAUUAUAGCCUAAACUGUAUGUGUGAUGUAUUUUAAUAUUAAAUGCUUUUUUUGUGCCUGAAUGAAUAAUAAUGACUUAAAAUGUUGAUUUGUUUUCUUUUUAGCCAUAUGUCCAGAGCAGAGUUUGGCUCCUUGUUGAUUUACUGUAGAACAUCCUCUUUAGUAACAACAAAUUAAAGUGUAUAUCAAAUUAUCCUGUAGAUGUAUGAAUACUAUAAAGUUAUAAAGAAACACGAGCAAGAUCUUCAGCUCAGGUGUUAAAUGGUAUUUAAGUGUUGGUAAAUGUCGACCAGGUGCAGCCUUUGACUGCAAACAGGAAUAUUUGCUCUGAUAUCAGCAUGAGGGGUUGAAAUGGACCUCUGUCUCAACAUACCAACUUAAAGUGUCAUUGUUAUCCACCCAUAAUUUACUUCUUGUUAAAGCAGUCACAUUUAGGCAGAUGUGUUGAGUAAGGAAUUUGAUUUAUACGAAGUUAUGUAAAUAUUUAUUUAAAUAAACGACUGAAAACGUG